GACGAUGCUACACUGGUUCUGUCGAAACUCUAUACUGCCAUGAUCGGCGACGAUACAUCCAAUCUCUUCAAACUCCACAGUAUGUGCAGGUAUUCAAGAUUCAUUGCUGAAGAGGUUCGUAACAUGCAUCGAGUGUGUAGGGACCUGAAUUUUCUGCAGUAAAUUGAUGUACCCAAGAGAGGGCUUUUUUGAUGAUUAAAAGGUGUAGUGUGUUUCCUGUAUAUAAGUAUGCUCCUCAAUAUAUCCCACGCGGGAUUUUGCAGUGAAAUUAAAAGGAUUGAUUUGGGGGAAUCAUGCAUAAAAUACUUUUAUAUUUGGGCAAUAUGAAUUUCCCCUAUUUUUUGCUACCAUGAUUUCCUCCCCACACAAUCACGGUGGAAUCAAAACCCCUAAUGGUAGAGGAUUUUGUUUUGUGGUUGAAGAGCUGUAUAUAAACCCACGCGACUACCAAGAUGACACACACCACUACCAAUCAUUAUUUAUCAAACCUGUGUGUGUAGCUGUUGACGGAUUCGUUGUGUAGGUUCCACUUCUGGAGUGUGAAAUAUGUAUCAAAUUCGGAAAAGCCCAAGGAUUGGAAACAUCAAAUCUGCCAGUGUGAACGUGGGCAAGGCAUAAAAAAAAAUUGUGGAUGUUCAUGAAGCCGGUAUGUUAGGAAAGAGGCACCACUCGGGAAAUCUGAUUAAUGGUAAUAGGCCUUCAAAAGGUGUCCUUCAGAAGGCUGCACCUGCGUCAGACGGUAUGGUGGAAGAUGAUGAUUUUGUUGAAACCGUCCCCAAGAUGUUAGUACCAAAACAUGAAAAGCCAAAGUUAAUAGACAGGAAGAAAAAGGGUGAAAUAAAUAUUGGUGGAGAGUACCCUCAUAAGAUACGGACGAGAUCAUCACCUAAGUCGCUUUAUGAAGCUCUUCAAAAGUUGUCUACGGAGCAAAAAGAUUGUGUAAGACAUAUAGGGUUUGGGAAGAUGUUGUCGUUUACCGUUGACGGUAUACCCGGACAGCUGGGACACUACGUCGUGGACAAUUUGGAUACAAAUAGGAUGUGUAUUAAAUUGGAGAGGGGGUCGAUUGAUAUUACCAAAGAGGCGAUACAUCAGUUAGUUGGUGUUCCCAAUGGUGGGGUGUGGAUGAAUAAUAUUGAUGAUAAGAGAGCUGAUAAAGCAAUGAGCAAACUAUGGAGAGCUCACUAUCCGAGGGAUGAGGUGAGCCCCGGUGAUAUUGCUAAGCGACUAGAAACACACAAAGUUGCUGAUUGGAUGUUUAGGGUUGAUUUUCUGCAGCUGUUCUCAAGCAUAAUGAUUAACUGCCGGAAAAACGGGAAAUGCAAGAUGUGCCUCCUCCCCUACUUCACGGAGGAAAGAGAUAUUAGUGAACUAGAUUGGUGUUCUCUUAUAUACAAGACAAUAGCUGAGUGUAAGGACGAUUGGGUACGGGACGAUCGAAAAAGUUAUUUCGCUGGUCCUCUUACAAUUCUGACGCUGUUAUAUGUUGAUUGCACAAAUUGUUCUGGGUUGCCGCUUGAAAGACGAAAGAUUGCAUUGGCUGAUUGGGAUAUGAAUAAACUUAAACAAAGACAACAUGCUGAAAUACAGUGUGGAGGAUUUGGGAGAGGAGAAACCAGGAAGAUAUUUGUUGAAUGUGGAGCAGGCACUGCUCAAGUAUCUGAAGCGAAAUCAGAGGGACAGGUUACUGAAGAACAUUAUAUUCGUAUGAAUCAGUUGGACCGUAGAUCAGCCCAAGUGUUGGGGUUUGUGUCAAAGUUGAAUGAUCUCAUGUCGGCUAUGUCUCGGUACAAGAUGGAAUUUGAGAUGGUCAUAAAGGAAGCCUUAGGAUCUAAUCCACAAAAUUCAGACAUCAUAAAUAUAUCAUCUAAAUACGAUGAUUUGUUUUCUGUGAGACCCGAUGGAAAUAAAUCCAAUGAAGUUAGAAAUGAGUCUAUAUCCAAAGGGAAGGAGCUGAUGGGGGUUGAUGAAGAACCAUUAUCACAGUUCUGGACCGACCCAACAUCUUUUGACAACAUUUGCAAAACUGUUGACAGUCUGGUGCAGAAACACCUCAAUAGUGGAAAUGGAUUUUUUGAUGGGACAUGUGAACCUUCCUUCAGCCUUGGACUUACGCAGGGGGAUGUAAUGUGUGAUGCUAAUUUCAUCACACCAACGCGUGGGCAACACCAAAGUGUGGAAAGUGAAGAUGAUGACCAUAUACCUUUGAGUGUUGUUAUGGCACGGCUCAGUAAGGAUGCAGCUAAACGUGAGAAAUCAAAACGGAUCACACGUGUAAGCAACUUACUGAGGUCGCCAUAUAAGAAUAGGGUUGUUGAUAUCAACAACCCUGAGCAUAAAGAAGAAGAAAAAGUGUGGGAGUAUCUGUGGCGUAUAUCAGGAGAGCAAGGGGAGGUGAUUUUCUCCACAAGGGAUGGACGUGUUGGAGUCCGUGGUUUGUUUGAGAGCUUGCAGCCAAAUGCGGUGGUUGAAAACAAUGUCAUUGAUUGUUGGUCGAUUGUUUUGAACCACGAGGAGGGUGCGCGAAGCCCGGAUUCAGAAUACAGACUCUUUAUAGGAUGCUCUGUUCUUGUAAGUAUUAGUGAUUAGUACAUACGUAACCUGUUUGUCGAACAUAGUGUCAUCAUAUGGAAUGGUUGUUUUAAUCCUGGGCCUCA